CCCACUCGCUUCUUCCUCCUCCUCAUCGUCCCUCCUCCUCCGCUGCAGCCUACAACCGGCAUGUCUGCCAACUAAGAGGCUCGAUUUAUCCUUUUUUAGACGCAACAACUUGUAUAUUCCGCGACACCGCUCGAGAAGAAGCAGGCUAUUUGUAGACCCGCAGCGCCUUUUUCCCCGAUUUGGGCUGAGAAAGAAGGACGAGGAUCCAAAUCAAGGUCCGUCCGUCCGUCCGUCCUCGAUAACGUGACCCGCUGAAGGAAGAGAACACAGAACUGCUUCAUCAUGAAUUUUGUAAUGAAAGCUGCAAUGGGAGGUGGUCCUCCUGAUGUUGGCAAGAUGCUGGGUGGUGAGGAGAAGGAAGAGGACCCGGAUGCAGCAAAGAAAGAGGAAGAAAGGCAGGAGGCGCUGAGACAGCAGGAGGAGGAGAGGAAGGCUAAAUACGCCAAGAUGGAAGCCGAGAGGGAGCAGAUGAGACAAGGCAUCAGGGAUAAGUACGGUUUGAAAAAGCGUGAGGAGGCCGAGGCUGAAGCAGCGGCUGCAGCCGAGGAGCCUGCGGAGGGCAGCUUGACACGACCGAAGAAGGCAGUGCCCACCGGCUGCGGGGAUGAAGAAGAGGAGGAGAGCAUCAUGGACACAGUGAUGAAAUACCUGCCAGGUCCACUGCAGGAUAUGUUGAAGAAGUAAGACAAAUUGCCAGCCAGUGAUAAUGCUCGCUGAAGUCGUUACCAGGUUGGCUUCAAUCCCAAAACUCACGCUCAGAUUAGCAAUGUAAAUGAUUCAAAUUUGGUUUAUUCAAAGGUGACUAUUAAAAUUUUCGAAAAGUGAAUUGCCACUGUCAUGCGGAUGUAGACUGCGCCAUUGGGUGCGCGUGUGUGAGUCGAGCAAAGGGGCCAUUGACACAAUUCGAAACAAUCUUUCCUUUUUCUCUGACUACUUCCAUUGAAGAGUUUGAAGCAUCAACACGGUGUUCUCCUUCACCUCGCUCUUCACUUUAAUUGUACAUAAGCAAUCUAUAUAACAAGCCUCAAGCAAGGCCAAACAAUCAAAGAUAUCCAUUUAUUAUACUGUCUGUCUCUAAACUAGAAAAUGUGAUGACAUGAUAAGCCAUAUUUUAAAAAAAAAAAAAAGAUAUUUAAAACAGAAUUUGUGCAAGCUCUUAAAGCUGCCGUUUGUGUCGAGUUUAUGUCAAGCUGUUUUGCACAGUGUUACACAUCCUCCGUGAAAAGUGUUGUCUCCGUUGGACGUCAAAGUGUGCUCACCUUUGUGUAAUGUAGGAAAUGUUCCGUGUGUCUCGCAUGCCAUUUGUCUUGACGAGUAUGUGACUAUGUACAAGCCACUCCCUUUUUAUCCUCUUCUUUGUUAUGCAAAAAUUAUUAAGGCAAUAACUCCUGAGUUUGUGUUUUUCCUUUAUGUCAAUGUAACAAUGAAUAAUAGUAAUAGGAAAUAAAGCAUUUAGGCCAUUUAUUUGACAGGAUUGGAGGGCUUUCUUUUGUCGGUAGAAAAUGCGACUCUAUGGUGGUUCUGACAACAGUCAAGCUUUCAGCCAUAAAACCAACCGCCAAUUGUAGUGCACUAAGUACUGUUAUAUAACAGCGAGAGUUGUGAAUGACGUAUGACAUCAGUAUUGGACGCUUACAACAAUGUUUUGUUUCCCGUCUUAAUUUGUGGAUGAACAUAACAUCCAUACACUUACUGUCACUGAAGUGACCACAUGGUAAUAGAAGUGUUUAAAUGAUGUUUCAUUUGUUGUGGUAUACAAAAGCGAGCCGCCGAGGCGCCAUAGACUGUCAUGAGCAAUAAAGGAUUAUUAUGUAUGUUUCUGCCUCAGAAUUAAUAAAAACCUAAAUAUCUUGUUCA